AUGGGCACUCUGAUACUAUCUUUGGGUACAAUAUCCAUUCUCGCAUCUGUUUCCUUUCUCGUAUGCCUUUGGCAAGGCGCGAUGGCAGCAGAGACCAGCGAGACUAACCGUGGCCGGCUGUGGAAUUUGAUCGUGUUCUCCGACUGGACUUCGAGAGCUAUCACUGUCUCCUCUGCUAUUGUUCGAGUGAUGCUAUCACUUCAGAUGGGUGUGUUUACAGCCAUGACAGCCUCGCUCAUGUUAGAAAGGACCGGGGUUCCUUUAACAUCUGCACCUUUAGUCUCUUUGCUAAGAGCAAUAUCUGCGUCACCUUACAACCUCGUCACCUUUACCAGCUUCGAUCUUCCCUGGCGAACAAGUGGGAUCUAUUCUGCCGCUGUUGGAGUCUCAGUACUUUUGACAGCUGUUUCACAAUUUACGUCAACCAUCCUCCUUUCCGAUCUCGGAAACGUUAAUAUUACCUCUCCUCGGCAAUCCGUCAGCAUGAAUUAUCUCAACAAGGACAACGGGGGAGUCAAAGGUACUUGGGAUGGCUCGAAGGUCUGGCACUCAGCUCCUGGAACAUACUUCAGGUUUGCUGAACACCCAAGAAUAUCUACUCCAGCCCAGGAAGCAGACGACUUUGAAGAUACAGGGAGACUAUUGCGUGCUUUUCUCCCCUUUGUGAAUGAAGAGAGUCGCAUGAGAUUGCGAAAUUAUGACGGUCCGGCCACUGUCGUAGAUUCUAGGGUCGUCUGUCAUAAACCUUUACUCAGCAACGUCACCUUUUCCUAUUCCAGCAAGUCUUUCGAUGAUAACGACUACCUCAGCGACGUUUUCAUCCGCGGUAAUCUGACUUUCGAUGUCGAUGGCAACGAUCAAAGCUCUCCAUUGGAAUAUUUUGAUGGCGGACCAUGGAGUUUCAACUGUGUCGCUCCCACUAAACACAACACCACCGCUCUCAACUGGCAAGCAUCCAUUUGUUCCGUAAAUGGGGGAGCUCUAGCUCUAGGAGGUAUCAUGUCUACUCCGAGACUGAUCCCUGGCGUCAUCUUACAAUUGACGAACCUUUUCUUGGUGUUCAACAGCACUGGAGUCGGAGAUGACUGGCGGAAGAGCGUACAGGAGCAUGGCGCAGAGAACCCAAACACACACUUGUGGGAUUCUACUGUCGAUCAACUAGGGCUGGACUCAUCCUCAGAGGGAGUAUGGACACAUUUUGAUUCAGCAGACGACACCAUUGGAAUGGCUACCAGCGCAUGUUUCUCCAAUUUCGGAGCCUCCGUCGAAGACGUUAAAAUGUCCAGCACGACCAACGGAAUACCACGCAGCGUAGCUUGGGAUCGCCGCGCCAGCCAAUACAACACCGACGGUGUUAGGAUUCAAUAUCACAGCGUCGAUGACAAAACCAUGUCUCAUGAAGAGCGCGGCAUUCUUCGUCUUGAAUGGAAGGACGCAUGGGAUCUCAAUCCAGUUACAAGGAAUGGCUCGGGCGACUCUUUGGCAGUAACAGGGUUCUUUUCUGUUGCCAGUGACCUGCCCUUCGUCGUCCGCGGGCCGCUUAACAUCACUGAUGAAUUAAACCCUUGCGGAACAUUGCAAGUAGGGGGUUAUUCCACUCGCGCUGUGCACUACGCUCAUGCAUCCCUGUUCCAAAAUGUCAUUCGAGAAACUGGAAGCCUUCCGGAAGCAUUGCAGGAAUUGUUCACCAUCCUCGAGCAGAUGAAAUACUACGAGGAGCUGCCGUACUACAACAUGGGAUCCACGGCGACUUUCGUCUUAGCCGAGGAGAAACUCAUUCCUGUCCGGUGGCUCGGCUUCGGUAUUGUAAUUAGCAUCAUCGGUAUCCAUUUCGGUUUGCUAAUCACUACAAUGAUACUGUUUCUGAGGCUCACAAGAUCCAGUUACCUUGGUAAUAUCUGGAUGUCUCUGAGUCAAGUCUUCUCUCCAGAGACCGCCGAUAUCAUCCAAAAAGGUACUGAGACUAAGGACGACGAGGUUGAGGGCAUCGUGUCUAAGGUCACGACAGGUUCUGAGGUGGGCACGCUACUAAGAAGGAAGGUCCGGGUGAAGGCGAACGAAACAAAUGGGAGAAAGGAGCUUAUGUCGGUGUGA